AGUAUCAGAGCGCAGAGAAGCAGUGAAGAGUGCUCACCUCUCCUGCCUGGAGGACCACUGCCGGCUCCCAGCCCAUCCUCUGCCCGAAGUCAGUGGCAAAAUGCAGCACCUGCAUCUGCUGUGCCUCAGCCUCCUGGUCCUGGGAUGUGUCCUGAACGUGUCCGGUGGGAACAACGUCGUGGACUGCUGCCUGCGGACAAGUGAGAAUCACAUCCCAGGGCGGAUAGUGCAGGACUACUGGAUACAGCUGGUGCAGGAUGGCUGCGUCAUCCCUGCCACAGUGUUCAUCACCACAAGGGGCAAGCGCCUCUGUGCCCCCCUGCAAGCCCCAUGGGUGAUUCGCCUUCGAGAGAAGCUGGACGCUAGCUCCGCCAGGAAGGCCAAAUCUCAAGUCAUAUAGACUCCAAAGAAGCCUGCGGCUGGCCCCGAUGCCUGUAGCUGGGGCCAGCUCCCAUCCAUGAAUCUGAAGCUUGUGAAGCCGGCCUGCUUCCCUUUCCAGGCGCAGGGUACGCAGCCGACCCUCCUCAGGACAUGUGCCAGUGCGCGGGGCUGCGCAGAGCCCUGCCUGCUCUCUCUUCUUCGCUCUGUCUCUGGUGUGAUUGAGAAACAUGCGUCAGGCUGAGUCAGGAGCUGCUGGACUGAGCACUGAGCCCCCGGCAAGGGGCAACCCCACAAGCCAAAGCGGCAUGUGGGCUAUGGCAUCCCCAAGUCUCGGCGUUUCACCUCCACCACAUUCAGAAACUGGCUGGAAGCUGGUUGGUGGAUUGUUCUGCAAGACGAGUUUGAGGGGUCUCAGCCUUCCCUUCGGAGCAGCAGCCGUGACCUCCAUCACAGGCCUGUUCCCUUUUGUUUCCAUUCCCAUCCCUGGGUCGGAGCUCCUCUGUAGCCCAGGAGGGGCUGUCAGGGCAGGACAGUGCAGGGGCCAUGGGGAGGGAUAGGGAUGCCCCUCAGCAGCCAUGCACAGUGCCUGUCUCUCACUGAGCAUCACCCAGACCCCCUCAGAGCACAGCACAGCUGAUGUGGUUCCUCUCUCAAGCCCCAGCAUCCCUGCAGUUUUUCCUUUCCUGCCCUUUCUUCAUGGAGCCAGUAAUGGCAGUGCUAGUAUCUGUGGCAGCCCAGCAAAAAUGCACCGGGUUUGCCCAGCUCUGCCAUCAGCGGGUGUCUGCAGUGUGACGCUGCCAUCCACUGCAGUGCUUGUCCCAUGGUCUCACCUGCCUGAGGGAAAUGAAUGAUGGGCACUGGCGUGAUGGUGACAACUUGUGUGCUGACUCCCGGGGGCAGUGGUUUGGAAAUAGGCCAGUUACUGAUGCUUCACUUCCCCUUCCCUUUCCCAAAGCCCCGAGCUCCUGCCUGGGCAGCGAUGUGUGAGCAGCAUUCACACCACGCUCAGGUGUUUGCUGCUAGAUUUGUUUGAGGCAACGAUUAUGGGUGUAACUUGCUUCCUCUCUCUCUUUCUUAUUUUGCUAUGAUUUUGUUAAAUAAAUAAAUUUUAAA